UGGCUAGCUAACUGUGAUAAAACAUUUAGCUGAUGUUUUCAACUCAACCAAACGGAUUUGAAGCUCAAAUCUUCCAUAACAAUUAAGCGCGUUGGCUUGAAAUGAAAAGGAAAAAAGAAAACUCGUAGUUGACCAUGGGGAUUGUACAUAGAACAAGUCAUCUGCUUCGUACUUUCCCAUUGUCAUGCAUAUGCAAAUGCACAUACCAAAUCCAUUAAGAAAUUGUGGACAAUUUCUUCGUACUUUCCAAGACUAUAUUCUUCACAUUUGAAGCCAGUAGGCUAUAUAUACCACCACCAAAACAGUAAAACCUCACCAAAGCAUCCAUCAUUUUUGAAAACAAAUUGGAGAUUGAUAUAAGGCACUUUUGGAAGUUCUGUCAAUUGGAGGAUUUGAUCAAGAAUAACGAAUGUCGGCAAUCGCAUCAUCGAUUCAUCUUAGCCGAUGGACGAGCAGUCCUCGCCUUUUUGCUAAGCAUCCUGGACCUGGAGCAGUUCAACAUUUUUCAUCAUCGUCAACAUGGAAAUGCCAACAAGGUUUCAGAACCAACCAUGCAUUGUUGUCUCUCACAAUAGGACAGAGGAGAACUCUUAGCAGCCAACCAUGUAGGAAUAAGAUUGUGUGCAAUAGUUCUCCAUCACCUGAAGUUCAAAGUCCUUCUGGGGCCCCUUCACACUCUUUGUAAUUAGCAAUCAGACCUUAAUGAAUUCAUUUGAUCUUCUUCCCUUUUUCUUCAAGUAGUAUAAUAAAAACUGUAAAUUAUUUCAUCAUGUUAACAGGAGAAGCUGGAUGAUUGGGAUGGUAUUCUCAGUACUUAUACCCUUUUGGAGGCACAAAUGGGGGCCCUUGCUACAAUUGAAAAAAAAAUCGAAUUUCGUUUCGAUUGUGUAGAGGAGGUGGACAUGAUUGUAGACAAUGUUGAAGCAGUGGUGGAGGUGGUAGAACAGGUAGCUGAGAAAGUGGAGGAAGUGGCGGAUGAAAUAGGUGAUCGUCUUCCUGAUGGAAAGCUCAAGGUUGCAGCUGAUUUAGUUGAAAGUUUAGCCAGAGAAGCAGCCAAAGAUGCUCAUCUUGCAGACCAGCUGAUUGAGAAGGCAGAAGAAGUGGAAGAUCGGGUGGAAAACUUUUUUGAGUCAGCCAUGGAUAAAGCAGGAGACUUGACCAAAGUUGUUGCUGAUGAACCAAAUAUUGUACCAGUAGAGAAGAAAUUUCAGUGAUAUAUAUUUGAUGUUCAAAUCAGAGAUGAACUAACUUAUCACUCUGUUAUAUCUAACUGUGUAAAAAAAACAACAACAAAAAUGAAUUCAAUUUUUUACAAAACAGAUACGAAAUCUGAACUGGUGUUUACAAAUUACAGUUAGAUAUAACAGAAUGCAUUCAUUAUUUGUUAUUAGACCAACUUUAACUUGAUGUUGGUAUUGUUUGACUUUCAUUCCUAUCACAAAUCACAAAAAAA